CGGGGACGACUAGCAUUGAUCACUUCCAGCAAGUGCCGGAGCUCGGCCCCGCAGCCCAGAGGCUGCGGUGCGGGUGGUCGCGGGAGCUGACCCUGUGGGGACCCCGGGGGGGGAGGGGGAGCCGGAAAGCCCCCGCCGAGGCCAUCGCUGCGGGGCCUCCCCUCCCCCCCGGGCGGGCGCCAUGCGGGGGGGCUCUGGCGACGCGGAGCGGCGGCAGCGCUGGGGUCGCCUGUUCGAGGAGCUGGACAGCAACAAGGACGGCCGCGUGGACGUGCAUGAGUUGCGCCAGGGGCUGGCCAGGCUGGGAGGGGGCGACCCCGACCGUGCACAGCAGGGCAUCUCCUCUGAGGGGGAUGCUGACCCAGAUGGUGGCCUCAGCCUGGAGGAAUUCUCGCGCUACCUGCAGGAACGGGAGCAGCGUCUCCUGCUCAUGUUUCACAGUCUUGACCGGAACCAGGAUGGUCACAUCGAUGUCUCUGAGAUUCAGCAGAGCUUCCGAGCACUGGGCAUCUCCAUCUCGCUGGAGCAGGCGGAGAAAAUUCUACACAGCAUGGACCGCGAUGGCACCAUGACCAUUGAUUGGCAGGAAUGGCGAGACCACUUUCUGCUGCACUCUCUGGAGAAUGUGGAGGAUGUCCUAUAUUUCUGGAAGCAUUCUACGGUCCUGGACAUUGGUGAAUGCCUGACGGUGCCGGAUGAGUUCUCCAAGCAGGAGAAACUUACAGGCAUGUGGUGGAAGCAGCUGGUGGCUGGUGCCGUGGCGGGGGCUGUGUCGCGGACAGGCACAGCUCCUCUGGACCGUCUCAAGGUCUUCAUGCAGGUCCACGCCUCUAAGUCCAACCGGCUCAACAUCCUAGGGGGCCUGCGGAACAUGGUUCAAGAAGGGGGCAUCUUGUCCCUCUGGAGGGGCAACGGCAUCAACGUGCUCAAGAUCGCCCCUGAAUCGGCCAUCAAGUUCAUGGCUUACGAACAGAUCAAGCGGGCCAUCCGGGGGCAGCAAGAGACACUGCACGUUCAGGAGCGCUUCGUGGCUGGCUCCCUGGCCGGGGCCACAGCUCAAACCAUCAUAUAUCCCAUGGAGGUCCUGAAGACAAGGCUGACUCUGCGCAGAACUGGCCAAUACAAAGGGCUCCUGGACUGCGCACGGCGGAUCCUGGAGCGUGAAGGGCCCCGCGCCUUCUACCGUGGCUACCUGCCUAAUGUGCUGGGCAUCAUCCCCUAUGCUGGAAUCGAUCUAGCCGUCUACGAGACCCUGAAGAAUCGCUGGCUUCAGCAGUACAGCCACGAAUCAGCAAACCCAGGCAUUCUUGUGCUACUGGCCUGCGGCACUAUCUCCAGCACCUGCGGCCAGAUUGCCAGUUACCCCCUGGCACUGGUCCGGACCCGAAUGCAGGCCCAAGCCUCCAUUGAGGGUAGCCCACAGGUCUCCAUGGUGGGGCUGCUUCGACACAUCUUAUCCCAGGAGGGUGUAUGGGGCCUCUACCGGGGCAUUGCCCCCAACUUCAUGAAGGUCAUUCCAGCCGUGAGCAUCUCCUACGUGGUCUACGAGAACAUGAAGCAGGCUCUGGGGGUCACAUCCAGGUGAGGGGCCAGGAACCUGUCACCCCGAGAUUCCUUCAUCUUCACCACGGCAUCUCCCAGGCUGACGUCCUCGACCACCGGAGACUAAUGGCCUGACCAGUGGAUCCUAAUCCCCCAUCCCAAGCCGCUGGAUCCCAGUACCCAAAUCCCAGAUCCUUGGCCCUGUGUCCUGACCAUUACACCACUGGACCCCACUCUUUGGCCACUGGAUCCCAGAGCUGGAUCCUCAACUUCACAACCAGACCCCAACUGCUGUGCCUCACACAUCAGCAGUCUGACACUUGAAAUGCAGAACCAUCCACACCCUGGCUCUGAACCCUUAUCCCGGAGCCCCG